AUGCCUCCCAAAUCUUCCGCCCGUAAGGGCGUCAAGAAGGAGAGAGCUAACAAAAGCUCCCUGACAGGAAUGCCUAAGACAGAGCCCUCUACUGGAACCCAUACCCCAAGUGAGUACUGGAAUCAGCUUACAGACCUUCUGGCUUUCUUCGAUGAUGCUACACAAUACAGCGCUAAUCCUUACGUCUUUGGUACAGAGAUCAAAGCUGAGGUGUCUUCUCCCACUCCCGCUUUUUUCGCCAAUGAUGAGAACGAGAGUGAGUACAAUUUUGACAUGACUCCUGUCCCAGGCCCGAUCUCGAACUUACUGCCAUGUAUCGGGGAUUAUUUUACCUUAUGCCACGCUCCCACUGCCGAUCCCACUGGCUACCCUAUCUUUGUUUCCCGAAAUGGACGCUGGGACUGGUAUUAUCUUUCCUCUAACAACAAGACUACAGAGUCUCCCGCUACCCCCGCCAAUGAUACAACGAACUUGAAUACAAAGAACACAAAAAAGUCGUCCCCUCUCAGUGUCAAAAUGGAGGAUAUCCCCGAGGCCAAUCCGAGGAUCCAGCGACCGAGCAAUCCCGUCUCCAGCACAUUCUCUGACAACCUGGGCCACUUGAUCUUCACACGCGGUGUCCGCGACAGCGACGAUGAUAUCUCAUCGGUACCCUCGCUAGUUGAAAACAUAGCCGAGCAAGCCAGGACCGCGAAGCAUGUGAGGUUCUUCAUGAACACUUCCCACAACAAACACUUCAUCCCCAUUGAAGUACCCUCCCUCCUUGGCAACGAGAACUGGGAAUACUGGUUGGCCGCCAUGCUCCUGCUCUUCCGCCAACACUCGGUGUGGCCUACUGUGACUGCGGAGCUUCAGCCACUAUCCCCUAGUCACAAUCUGUACCUAUGGUACCAGCGCAUGCGCGAUUGUGCAAUCGAGCUAAUAUAUGCCAACGUCUCCGAGGAGGUCCGCAAGACUCCUUGUUUCAUCAGCACCGUGCGCGACGAUGAUCCGAAUGUUUUGAUGCGCCACCUGUACGCUCACUAUGCCUCAUCUGAUUCGGAUCACUCUUAUGACGAGUCUGAGCUUGAUUAG